AUUCGUUCGUCUUUGGAGCUUUUACUGUAUCCCAAAAAUAAUUCCAUUGAAUCCCUAGCGCUGCUCUUUCCAAAUAUUGUUGUUGCUAUUGCUUUGUGGUUUUGCUUGCCCAAGAGAAAUUCUAGUUUAGUUGAGUUUGUUUCUUUUCUUUUGUGAGUGAGUUUCGAGCAAACAGUUGAAUUUUGGCGGCCGCAUCGAUCGCAUCCACAUCGCUAGGCGCUAGAGACUCGUUUAGGCGGAAAAUGCUGUGUGGCGGCAGUGCGUGGAUUUAUUUAUAGCAUUUGUGCUGAUUUUCGACCAUUCGGGCACGAAUAACCAAAGCAAAUUUCCAAUUAACUGCACAUAAAACGAAAUAGUUUGUCGAAUUUAAUAAACAUAUAUAUUCCCAAGUAUACCUAUAUAUAUAUACAUAUAUAUCUGGUGUGAGGAGAAGUGAGAAGUGAUCCGGCAUAGAGUUAUAUAACUAUGUAAUUGCCGUUGGCCAUUGGCGGACAUGUCGAACAAAUUUCAACGCAGCUCCCCCCAGAUGCUGGGCGUGGAGGCGUCCACCGUCUCAUCGACGGCCAGCAAUCAGCCGCGCAAACGUGUGAAGCGCUGCUGCAGAAACUUUGUCACCUUCAUGUGCACACAGGUGGGCGUGGGUGCGCUCAUUGUGUUCUAUGCCAUCUGCGGCGCAUUGGCCUUUAUGAACAUCGAGCGCAAGUACGUGGACGAGACGGCCAAGGUGGUGCUCAGCCUGCGCUACAAUUGCUCGCAACGACUGUGGAACAUCACCGAGGAGCUCAAUUUGAUUGACAAAAAGCUGUGGGUGAACGAGACGAAUGCCGUGCUGCAGGCCUACCAGGUGCAAAUCGCGGCGAUCAUCAAGAACGGCUAUGUGGGCCGGAGUCCGGCGCAAAUCUGGAGCUUUCCGGCCGCGCUGAUGUUCUGCCUCUCGGUGAUCACAAUGAUUGGCUAUGGGAACAUGGUGCCGCGCACGCCGUGGGGCAAGGGCUUCACUGUCAUCUAUGCCACCUUUGGCAUACCCCUCUACAUACUCUACUUCCUCAACAUGGGCCGUGUGCUGGCGCGCUCCUUUAAGUUUCUCUAUCGCUCCAUGCACGAGUGCACCCAGGAGCGCAGCUACGACGCACGCAUGGAGGCGCUCGAGAGCGGCAGCCUGGGCGCCUUGACGCUGCGCAAGAAGAUCAUUGUGCCGUCGACGGCCUGUCUGUGGGUCAUCAUCUUCUAUGUGCUGACGGGCACCAUUAUGUUCGCCAACUGGGAGAAGUGGAGCUUUCUGAAUAGCUUCUACUUUUGCAUGACGUCGCUGUGCAAGAUCGGCUUCGGUGACUUUGUGCCGGGCGCAUCGCUGACCACAGCAGCGGAUGUGGAUGCGGCCACACAGAAGCUGCGCGAAGACAUCUCCGCCGAUCCCAACGAGGUGUCCGAUCUGCAGCGCAUCACCGAUCAACAGUUCAAACUGGCCAUCAAUUUCAUAUAUAUGCUGCUGGGCAUGGGUCUGGUGGCCAUGUGUCGCAACCUGAUGCGGGAGGAGGUGAAGGUGAAGCUCAAGGAGAUGAAGGAGGAUGCCAAACUGUGUGUGGAGGAUACGCGACAUCGUUUCGUUGGCUGCUGUGGCGAUCCUCGCGAUUUCUAUGAGAAUGAUUAUUACUAGGAGUGUGUUAGAGUGUGUGUAUGUGUGAAAGUGUGUGUGUGUAUGUCUGGCUGGUUGCUGCUGGCUGUGUUCAAAGUAUCAUGUGGACUGCUCUCUGAUGCUUCUCAUCUUCC